AUGCGCCGGCUCGUCCAAUCUCAUAAAUCACUCGUGAUGUCUCGCGCAGUCUCCCUCAUCUACAUCCUAGAAUCCUCCAGGAUGAGCUCCUUCUCGGCUCCAUCUCUAGGCCUCUUCGUCCACUAUCCUCAUCCUCACUGGUCUCUCUCCCUCACUCAUUCCACGCUCAAGAUUCGCCACGAUUCUCCAUUCUCUCGCUUCCACAAGUCUCGUCUGAUCUCCCCUCUGGUCUCUCGCGACUCUUUGCUCUUCUCUCUCUCGUCUGCUCGCCCGAUCGUCCUCUUCUCUCCGCCUCAUCCGUCUCCUCUCUCUCUCUGUCCUCACUCACGACCUCUCUCCGUCUCUCACUCCACUCGUCCCUCUCCUCAGUGGUCUCAUCUUCCUCGCUCGUCCUCUCUCCUCUCCCUCCUUCUCUCUCCCCCCACCUCAUCCCUCACCUUCUCUGCUCAUGGUCUUCUCUCUCUCUCUGGUCUCUGGGCUCGCUCCCCCAGCUCUCAUACCUAUCCCCAUACUCUGUCUCGUCUCGUCUACGGUCUCAUUCUCUCCUUCACUCUUCAUCUCGUCUUCCCGCUGUCCCGUCUCAUCCUCUCUCAGUUCUUCAUUCCUCUCAUCUCCACGUCUCCCCUCACCUUCUCGCCCUCUCAUUCUGUGAUCCUCUCCACCUCUCUCUCUCUCUCCCUCUCGGCAACUCCCCUUCGCCUCCCUUCCUCUCUUCACCUUUCAAUCCUCCACUCCUUUCUCCACCCCCUCCUCUACCUCUUUCUCCCUCUCCUCCCCUCCAUCUCCUCCAUCUCAGUGCUCCUGUCUCCCUCCCGUCUCACCUCCAGCUUCGGCCCCCAGCCGCCUCCUCUCACUCGGCUCCCUUCCUUCUCUCUAGCUUGUCAACCGCCUCGAGUCGCGUGCUCUCCCCACUCCCUGUCUCUCUCAAUCCGGUUCUCUUCUCUCAUUCAUCUGUCCUUCACUCUGAUACUCUCAAGUGGCCUCCCUCCGUCUGCCGCUCGCUCUUCCUCCACUCUCAUUCCCCCGCUCGAUGUCGAUCGGAUCCCCUCGUCCCUCGCUCCUCUCGUGGGGGAUCGAUCCUCUUACUCAGUCCACCAUCUGGGUCACAGCUCCAGUCUCUUCUAUCUCACUCAUUCGCUCUACAUCCAUCCAUCUGGUCUCGACCCCCAUUCCCCUGAUCUUCCCGGCCGACCCCGCUCCUUCCCCCUCUCUACUCUUCAGGUCUCCCUACAUCUCAAGCCUCUUCUUCGGGUCCUCCUCUUCCUCAACCAUCUCUCCCAUCCCUCUCGCGUUCCGAUCAUCCUCUUGGUGAUUCUCAGAAUUCCCCGCACACGUCAUUCUCCUCAGCAUCCUUCCUCGCCUCCACCUUCUCUCUAUCUUUCUACUUCACUCUCUCCUCUGGUUCUCCUCUUCCAGAGCGACCUCUCCCUGCUCAAGACCAGUCAUCUUAGGUCUCCGUCAUUCUUUUUCUUACUUCAUCGAUCACCCUCUCCAUCUCUCAGCAUCUCCCGCUCUCGUCCUUCCCUCUGGUACCCUCCUGCCUCUUCCUCUUCAACUCUUAUAUCGCCAGCCUCUCUCUCUCCUUCCUCUCUCUCGUCCUUCCCCAGCUCUCCGUUGGGUCUUCGUCUCUCUCUGGUCUCUUCUUCCCCUCAAUCUCUGCUCUCCCUUUCUCUAGGCUCCUUCUCCCCACAUCAUCCUCUCAUCACAAAUCUCUCUGUUCUCCUCUCCCUCCUCCUUCGCUCUUCCCUCUCCCUCCUCCCCUGGCCCCUUCUCAUCCAUUGGUCUCUUCUCUUCUCCUCUCUCCCUCAUCCUCCUUCUCUCUUCUAUCGAGUCUCUGUCUCCACAGACUCAACCACUCAUCUCCUUCCCUCCUACUCCCUACCUCUCUUCCUCUCCUCGCGCUACCAUUCCUUCAUCCCUCGGGGGGAAGGGGGGGGGGGGGGGGGGGGGAAAAAGCUCCAUCCGCGUUCAACCAUCCUGUCUCCGCUCUCCUUCUCUUCCCCCUACCUCCACUCUUCUCCCUCGUAUCUCUCUUCCUCAUCCCUCUCUCUGCCCUCGUCUCCUUCCUCCUCCUCCUCUCUCAUCUCAGUUCUCUUCCUCAACAUCUCCUCUUUCCUCUCCUCCUCUCCUCUCCCCCCACUCCUUAAUCUCGAUCAUUCUCUCCUCUCGUCCUCUCCUCCUCUCUCACCGGUCUCCCGCUCCUCUCAUUCCUCCUUCUCCUCGAUCUCUCUCCUCAAACUCCUCUCGUUCUCUCCCAUCGUCGUCCACUCUUUCCUUCCUCCCGCUCUCCGUCUGCUCGGGCGUCCUCCACAGUUCUCGUCCCGACAGCUCUCCCUCAGGCUCACUCCUGGUCUCCCGCUGGUCGCUCCUCCUGGUAAUCCUGGUCUCUUCCCUCGUCCGACUCAUAUCGUCUCCCCUCUCCGACUCUGGUACGCGCGCUCCAUCCGCUUCUCUCUAUCUCACACCCUCCCUGUUCGACCCCCCCACCUCGCUACAUCUUUCGCUCUCUGGUCUCCCUCCUCCCAAUCUCGUCUUCACUCUCUGGCCUCCUCCUUCAGGUCUCUUCUCUCCGCCUCCCCUCUACCUCCUCCCUCCUCCUCCGUCACAGCCUCUCCUACUCUCCCUUCCAUCUCUGUCCGCUCUCCCUCCACGUCUACUCGUGUACUCACUCUCUGUGUACCCCACUCCUUCCUCAUCCAAACAUUCGUCUGUCUAUCUACUGCGCUCCCCGCUACCUCCCCCCUCCUCCAACCUCGCCCUCUCAAUCACCUCCUCGCUUCAUCCAUCUCCCUGACUCCACCUCAUGCUCAUUUCAUCACCCCUGUCUCUCAGAAUCUCGUGGCUCCACCAUCUCCAUCUCGAAUCCUCCCUACUCCAAUACUCACCAAUCCUCUCUCUCCUACUCGUUCUGCACGACCUCUCUCUAUCCCGCCGUCUCCCCACUGUCCCGCUCGCUGCCAAUACGCGCGCUCGAGACCUUGCUCUCUCCUCUCCCUCCCACCCAUCUCAGCUCUUCUCGGCUCUCCCUCUACUCUUCACUCUACCCUCAUCCAAGUAUCCCAUCCCUCCUCGUGGUCCUCUCCUCUGGUCUCUACUCCUCAAUCGCCCUUCAACCCUUCUCCUUCCGACCUCUCCACCUUUCUCUCGGUCACUCCUCUUCUCGUCUUCAUCCGUACCUUCUCAUCUCCUUGCCAUUCUCUCUGGUCUCAUCGUCUCUCUUCCUCCUCUCUCUCACUCCUCUGGUCCUCUAUCACCUCCUCAUCUCUGGCUGAUCCUCGUCUCCCCCGUAACUCGGUCUUCCACAUACUCUCCUCCGUCUGUUCCCCCUCUACUCCCUCGCUCUCCGUCCCACGAUCACUGGUCGUCUCACCACCCGUUUCAACGGUUCUCCCCCUUCUCUCUCUCACACAGGUCCAUUCUCCUUACCCUCUCUCUGGGGUCUCGGACUCUUCUCUCAUUCCCUCUUCACUCCUCACCUCCCUCAAUCCUCCUAGUCCCUCCGAUUUCUCCUAUUGCCGGGAGGACUCUCAGACUAGUCUCGUCUCCGUUCAAAGUUCAACACUCGGGGUCCUCCAGGCUGUGUCCUCUCCUCCCAUCCUCUCCGUCGACCGACUCUUCGUCCAUGUCAUUCUCCUUCCUCAGUCUCGCGAGCAGAUUUCUCGUCGCAUCUCUCUCUCUUCUCACGUCCGUCCCCGACCUCGUCUCUUCUUCUCCCCGUCUCUGGUCACCUCGAUCUCUCCCCAACCCUCACUCCGUGCCUAUCUCGCCUACCCGCUCGUCUCUCUCCAACUACUGGUCUCCUCAUUCUCAUCACCUGGGUCUCGCCAGUCGUCUAUCUCCCCUCUAGGUCCUCUCCCGGGCCCUGCACUCUCACUCCAUCUCGUCCGUCUCCUCCGCCCUCUCACCUCCUCCCCUCUUAAGAUCCUUGCUCCUCCCGUCCGCCUCGGAUUCUAG